AACACAACAAGACAAUGGAAUAAUAUCUAAAGGAAAUGUAAUUUCCUCUGAUAAAAAAUAAUAAUUAUCAGUAGUUCGACCAGGGAAUUCAGAAACUGUGAAUCUUGAAUAGUUCUUUGAUAUAUGUAUAUAAUCAACAAAUCAGCAACUCCCAGAUGGCUUUCCACUAAAUAUUGAACAAUUGCAGGAAAUUCCAAUUAGAAAUGGCCCAUUUAAAACAGCUUCGGUUAGUACUAUGGAAAAACUCUCUUAUCAGGAAAAGACAUUGGGUGUUGACGCUCUUCGAGAUACUGUUACCUAUUCUCUUAUUCAUUUUGGUGUCAUAUAGUCGAUCAAAGAUAAGUGGCAUAGCGAAGCAGGAAAUAGUAGAUCCAACAUAUUCAGAACCUAUCCACCUGAGUGAGAAGGGAGAAAUAUACUAUACUGUCAUAGAUAUCUCCAGCACUUUAUUUUUUUAUGCUCCGUCCAAUAAUUUAACAGAUGAACUUAUAAGGAGGUUACAAAUUAAGUUGCAGGUGCAUUCAAACGAAAUAAUCAGUUUUUCAUCUAAGGAAGAGUUAUUGAAAGAAUUCAGUAAAGUAAAUCAAACUCUAAUUGCUAUUAUUUUCAAUUCUAAUGAUGUUAAAAAGUUGGAUUAUGAUAUAAGGUUUUAUGACCAGUAUGUUAGAGGAGAAACUAACGACCUAUAUUUAUCAGAACUUCAGUAUUCUAAUUAUGGUCUUAACAGUUAUUUCCAAAGUGGAUUCAUGACAAUACAAACUACCCUAGAUUUGGCUUAUAUUGAAAUGUUGAAGAACAGUGAAGUACCAGUAUAUUUAACAAUGCAGGAGUUUCCAUAUCCUCCUUACAAAAGUGAUGCGGGAUUGAUACAUAUCUUUAUGCCGUUCUUAUCUCACAUCACUAUAUUCAGUUUUAUCUUCUUAUGUCCUGCACUGAUAAUGAGAAUUAUUGAAGAAAAAUCAACAGGAACAAGGGAGCUUUUGAAAAUGGUAGGGCUGAAAUCAUGGAUGUUAUGGUUUGGAUGGUUCCUCCAUGCUUUCCUCCCAAAUUUCGUGUCUGUUAUUUUGAUUGUUAUCCUGAUGAAAGUACCUAUGUGGGGCAUAGAUACUCCACCAAUUGAAUACUGCAAUGCUGCGAUCUUCUUCAUAUUUUUAUUCCUUUAUCUUAUAGCGUCGAUAACCUUCUGUUUUGCAAUAUCAUCUUUAUUCAACAGACCAUUCUUUGGUGUUGUUGUUGGCAUUGUCUUUUGGAUAUUGAGUUAUACUAUUCCAGAAAAUUUUGUAACAAACGUUCAAACAUAUAAAGCUAUAAAACUGAUAUUAGCUCUAUUUCCGAAUAUGUGUCUCAGCUAUGGUUAUAAAACUAUGACAAUAUAUGAAGCUAGGGAGAUUGGAGUGAAUUGGUCCAACAUGUUUGAGCCUGGGAGUGAGACUAAUGAUGAAAUUACAAUGGGCACAGUCUGGGUUAUGUUCGUUGUUGACAUUAUUGUCUAUAUGUUGGUUACUCUAUAUGUUAGCAAUGUUUUUCCUGGGCCAUAUGGCAUUCCCAGGUCUUGGAAUUUUCCACUAGAAUAUUUGGGAACGCCCAAAAGGGAAUAUUCAUUACCCAGAAAACGUAAUAUAUAUGACAAUGACAUUUUUGCCAGAGAACCAUUAAUGUGCAACAAUAAAGUAACAAAUGGCGAUGGAACAGAGCCAUUAGAUGCUUCAGAUUCACAUAGUGAUAACGGAAUAGAAAUAAAAAAUUUGAGAAAAACGUUUGGUACAACAGUGGCUGUGAAUAACUUGUCAAUGAAUAUCAAAAAGAACCAAAUUACUGUUCUUCUUGGUCACAACGGAGCUGGUAAAACAACCACCAUGUCAAUGAUUACAGGCAUGAUAAAUUACAAUAAAGGAAGGAUAAAAGUUUAUGAUCACGAUAUUAAAAGUGAGGAAAAACAAGUGAGAAAAUUAAUGGGCUUAUGUCCGCAACAUAACCUCUUAUUCAAUGAUCUGACUGUGUAUGAACAUCUGAUGCUGAUUGGAGGGCUCAAAGGAGCUUCGAUGGAGGAUGUGAAAAAAGAAGCUGAUGAUCUGCUUCAAUUGUUGAAACUGGAGAAGAAAAAAGAUGCGAUGGUUAGCUGUUUAUCUGGAGGAAUGAAGAGGAAGUUAUGUUUAGCAAUGGCGGUUAUUGGCCGUAGUCAGGUCCUUGUUCUGGAUGAGCCAACAGCUGGUAUGGAUCCCGAAUCUCAGAGAGAAGUUUGGACCCUCCUUUUGAAGUGGAGGGGCACAAAAACAAUACUAAUUUCAACACAUUAUAUGGAUGAAGCUGAUGCUUUAGCAGACUGGAUAGCAAUUAUGGCAAAUGGAGAGAAACAGUGCUUUGGAACCCCCAUGGAACUGAAGGAUAAAUUCAAAACUGGAUAUCACUUGUCCUUGAUGCUGAUGAGCACUGAAAACUUGGAAGAGAUAAGCAGUACCAUUUAUGAUGUCAUUCCAAAAGCAAAACUCAAGGAACAACAUGGUAACAAUGUAGUCUACAUUUUACCAAUAGAAGACAAAUGUAACUUCUCUAAAUUAUUGAGCAUUUUGGAGAUGAGGAAGAGUGAAUUCAAAAUAAAUAAUAUUUCCAUUAAUAUAACAACACUUGAAGAUGUGUUCCUCAGCUCCAGAAAAGAAUUGGAACCAUCUGUUGGAAAUGAGGAAUAUAUAAAAGAUGAUUUGAAAUUGCCAACGUUUGAACCCAGCAUAUUUUUACCUUUACUGCUCAAAAGGAUCUACUUUUUGCAAGAAAAACCCCUUUCUUAUAUCAUACCUGUCAUUCUUACCCUGCUUCUCACCUUGCUGACGAUCUACCUUGGACAAACGUCCACAGAUUCCACCAAAGGAAAUAAAUUGAAUAUCCGCAUGAAUCUCGGCGUAUACGGACCCACCGAAGUGUUCUUUUCAGCGAAUUUCGAUGACGACGUAAAUCCAGCCUUCGCUCCUUUCGUAGAAAGAUUGAAGAACUUCUACCACAACGAAGCAAAAUCAGAGAAGAGUUACACAGUCCAAGUAAACAGCACCUCAGAUGGUAUCAUAAAACGGGGAAUCCAGAACCUGCCAUUUUAUAAGAAUCACAUGGUAGCAGCGGCGGAAUUCAACGUUUCCAAGGAUAUUAUUCGAGUGAAUGCUAUGUAUUCCCAUUUCGCGAUCCAUGGUCCUCCCAUCAGCUUGAAUCUUGUGAUGAACGCUAUAGCUAAAGCCGAACUUGGAAACGAAUACUCGAUAACCACUUCCAAUGAGCCUCUGAACAAAGUUAAGCGAAUCGAGCCAACUGAGGAAUCGGAGGUUCAGGUCGGGUUACUAUGGUUGAUAUUGUUUCCUCUAGGUUUAGCAUUCUUAAUGGCUUGUUUCAUAAUAUUUCCUCACAUGGAACUAUCGACUGGAUUUAUUCAACUGCAGAUUAUGUGUGGAGCCUCUUCACUCAAAUACUGGCUCAGUAAUUUCUUAUUUGACUUUGGAUUAUAUAUAAUCUCUACAGUGUUUAUAGUCAGCAUCACUUGGGGGUUAGCAAUUACUUUCGAUUGGAGAGAUUUUAUGGGAGCUAUGGGUCCCUUAUCGGUUAUCAUGGUGUUCUAUGGACUAGCAACGAUACCAUUCGCCUAUCUCUUCACCAGAUUCAAGACAGCCUCUAGUGGUUACGCUGUCCUUCUUAUAGUGUCGUUGCUUUCUGGAGUUAUUCUAACCAUUAUAGUUAAUGCCUUGGAACAGGCCAAGGAUGACUAUUAUACUCACAUUGGUUACGUGUUACACCUAAUUUUCUUGCUGCUAUUUCCACAUUAUGGAGUAUCUUAUGUUUCCAUCAAUUAUGGCAGAAAAGCGGUACAGAAUUAUAAUUGGUACACGAUGUCCGCACAGAAGAGGAGGGCUGUCUGCCGUUUCCAUGAUAAUCCGUGCUGUUUUGGGGAAACUACACCCGAAUGUAUAAUCCACAAGGAUUAUUUCCAAAAUGAAGAACUGGGAAUUUGGAAAGAUUUAUGGAAGAUGAUAUUUCCCUUCAUUCUUUAUUUCACCAUAAACGUUCUGCUAGAAUCAGAUUGCUUCAAAUUUGUCAGUGAGGAAAUAAACAAGCUGAUUUAUCGGAGAACGUCAAGCGAAGAGUCCCUCGGCAAAAAAGAUGUACUUUACUCCCACAAUUUGACAAAAUACAUUGGCGGUGAACAAGUGGUUAAAGGUGUGCAAUUCGAAGUUGAUCGAGGCAAAUGCUACGGAUUAUUGGGUGUGAAUGGAGCCGGUAAAACAACUACCUUUAGAAUGCUCACAAAAGAAAUAAUGAAAUCAGAUGGAAAAUCAGCCGUUUUCAAAGAUGAAGGAAACGUAGAAGAUGAGUCGCGCACUUAUCUCCAACAAAUUGGAUACUGCCCCCAAAAUAACUGCUUGAAUUUCGCUCUAACGGCAAGGCAACUUCUGAAAAUUUUCGCUUACUUCCGAGGCUAUCCCUAUAAACAUCUGGAUUUUAUUGCUAAUCAUUUCUUGAAAAUGAUGCAACUGGAGAGCCUUGCUGACAAACCAUGUGGAGUUUACAGUGGCGGCAAUAAGAGAAAGCUUUGUCUGGCCUUAGCUCUCAUGGGUUAUCCCCCAAAUAUAUUCCUAGAUGAGCCGACUAACGGUGUUGAUCCAGUCAGCAGGAGAAUAUUUUGGAAUAUAAUCAAAGAAAUGCAGACCCAGAAGAAACUCACCUUCCUCUUGACAUCUCACAGCAUGCAGGAAUGCGAGGCUUUAUGCUCGAAGUUGGGAAUCAUGAAAGACGGUCAUCUUGAAUGCAACGAUACCAUACCACAUCUCAAGGAAAAAUACCACACAGGAUUCACAGUCAAGUUGAAGUUGAAACAGAAGAAUUUGAAACCAAAUAAAAAGAAUGUUGAUCAGCUAUUGAUACUUGCGGAAAAACGUGGUCGCAAAUCAUCUGUUGAAGAUUUUCCAGAUUCAUUCGUUAUGCACACUUAUGCAGAAGAAGUAAAUGAUAUUUCGAAAGAUAAAGAAAGAAAGUGGUCAGAUAAAGGGGACUCUGGAGAUUCAGUCGAUUCGUUGGAUUAUAUAAAGCAUAUUUUGGAAAGUGAAUAUGAUGGAGAACUCAAAGAUGAGCACCCAGGCUUACUACAUUACCAUGUCAAACCCAUGCAGGCAUCGAAGAAGACCAUGAGUAAAUUAUUUGAAGAUAUGGAAGAACUGAAAAACAAAUGUGGUUUGAUUGAAGAUUACAUUGUUACCGAAACAACAGUAGAAGAUGUCUUCUUAACCGUUGCAAAAGCUGAUUCUGUAAACGGUUCAUCGAAUAAAACUUCAAAUAGCUCUUCAGAGAAGAGUUCGAAGGCUUCCUCUAAAAAGAACUCGAAAAGUUCUUCUGAAAGUUCAAAAAGUUAUAUGGUUUGACUUUAAAUCCAUGAGAAUUUCGGAAUUAUGGAAAUUGCUCAAGGUAUAAAACAUUCCAUAAGUCCACAAUUAAUUUCGAUUCUGAUUUUCAUUUAUUGAGAUUCAAAAACAAAUUGUGGGUAAGGGUGGCUCAAUCGACCGGUUUGUUAAAGAAUAAAACAAUCAUUUCACCUAAAAGAGCAUGAAAAGGAGCGUGAAUCUUAGUAUAUUCAGGUGAGUGAUUGAAGCUUUUGAGAUUAAAUAUUAAUUUUUCAGGCAGCUACUUGUAAUAGUCAUAAAAUUUGAUAACAUAGGGGGAAAAGUCGUUGAUAAAAUCUCUGCUUUUUCUAUUUUUCCUUCUAUACUUUGAAAAAUAAAUCUUGUUAUUAUAUAUAGCCUACACCAUUACAUGAUAAAAGGGAAUAUAUUUUAUAUAUUUUGAGUGGAAUGAAUGCAUACUUCUCCAAAUUGGGAAUCAUCUCAUGGUUUGAAAUUGCCUGUUACUGUUGUACAGAUGAGUUUUAUUGGAUUUAAUUCAAUUGGUACUUGUUAAUGAGUUCUUUUAUAUGUUAUAAACAGAAUACUUCUUAUUUUAGAUGAUUCUUAUUGUUAUAAGCUAAUUCAUUACAGAAUUAUGCUGAUUUAUGUGAUAACAUAUGAAUAAUGUAUAUGCAUAGUGUUAAAAUGAUUCUAUUGCCUAUAAGCGUUGAUUGAACAAUACUUCAAUCAACGCUAUAAGUUUCAGCUUAAUUUUGGUUAAGUUAACAUUCUCUAUGAAAUGAAAUGAAUAAAUGUACUUAUGUGUAAGAAGAAAUAUUUUAUACGUAAAAUCGAUAUCAAUAAAUACAAAACGAUAUAACAGUA